CCGCCAUGCCCAAAAGAAAGGCUGAAGGGAAUACUAAAGGAGAUAAAGCCAAGGUGGAGGACGAGCCACAGAGAAGAUCUGCAAGGUUAUCUGCUAAACCUGCUCCUCCAAAGCCAGAGCCCAAGCCUAAAAAGGGCCCUGCAAAGAAGGGAGAGAAGGUCCCCAAGGGGAGGAAGGGCAAGGCCGAUGCCGGGAAGGAUGUGAAUAAUUCUGCAGAAAACGGAGACGCCAAAACAGACCAGGCGCAAAAAGCUGAAGGUGCUGGAGAUGCCAAGUGAAAUGUGUGCAUUUUUGAUAACUGUGUACUUCUGGUGACUGUACAGUUUGAAAUACUAUUUUUAUCAAGUUUUAUAAAAAUGCAGAAUUUUGUUUUACUUUUUUUUUUUAAGCUAUGUUGUUAGCACACAGAACACUUCAUUGUUUUGAGAGGGGAAGGAACAUGUGUCACUAACAAAAUGUCUCCCAAGCUGGAUUGGUGAUGAUUGAUGUUGGAAAACAUCUUUCCAUGAUAAUUUUGAAAGACUCCUCUUGGCUCUCAGGAGAGACGUCCUGGUGUUGACAUAUGGGCCACCAUGGCACAAAAUGCCUUGUGUGGGAAACUAAAUUCAUUUCUGUGUCCUCCUUCCCUGUACCAUCAACAUAGACUUAACUCCCUUCAAACCAGA